CGCCCGAUGUCCAUGAGCGCGAACACCAUGAUCUUCAUGAUUCUGGGGGCGUCGAUCGUGAUGGCCAUCGCGUGCUUGAUGGACAUGAACGCACUGCUGGACCGAUUCCACAACUACAUCCUCCCGCACCUGCGGGGCGAGGACCGCGUCUGCCACUGCAACUGUGGCCGGCACCACAUCCACUACGUGAUCCCUUACGACGGGGACCAGUCGGUGGUGGACGCCUCCGAGAACUACUUCGUGACAGACAACGUCACCAAGCAGGAGAUCGACCUCAUGUUGGGGCUGCUGCUCGGCUUCUGCAUCAGCUGGUUCCUGGUGUGGAUGGACGGCGUCCUGCACUGCGCUGUGCGCGCCUGGAGGGCCGGCAGGCGCUACGACGGCUCGUGGACCUGGCUGCCCAAGCUUUGCAGCCUGCGGGAGCUGGGCCGGCGGCCGCACAGACCCUUCGAGGAGGCGGCCGGCAACAUGGUGCACGUGAAGCAGAAACUCUACCACAACGGCCACCCGAGCCCGCGGCACCUCUGA